AUGCUCUCACGUGUUGCUGUGAUGGCACCCCGCACACACAACCGUCGCCGCGUGACCGGCUCCAGCGGAAGGAGGAGGGGAGGAGGAGAGAGUGAGCCGCAGAGGCCCAACAUGUCCCGGCGUGUGUUUGCUUCCGCGAUGCUCCUCCUCGUUGUGAUGAUGAUGUGCUGCGGCACCGGCGGAGCUGCUCACGCUGAGCAGGCAGGGGCCGCUGUUGAUCCUUUUAAGGAGAUGACGCCGAUAUCAUUUGCUAAUUGGAGGGAGUUGAAGGAGGAGGGCAGGGAAAUCACCUCGCUCCGUGUUUCUGGCCUUGUUAAAGUGGGUGAUGAUGUAUUUGCCGUGGCUGAAGCGCGGUGCGGGGAAAAGGAUGGAGCCGGCAGCUGUGCUGGGAUUGUCUCAAAGCACCUGGAUAUAAGUGAUGGACCAAUGGAUAUUUCGACGUCGGAUAUAAGUUUGUUUCGCAUGCAACUUGUGGAAACUGCCGAGAAUAAUUUUUGGACAACAGAAUUGUUGCGGCCAACGACACUUGUAAUUGAGGACAGUGUCUACAUGCUGGUGGGGAAAUACAGCCAUACAGAGAAGCAGGUUGAAGGUAAGAAUGAGCGGGGCCUUUUACUCGUGAAGGGAACUGUCACGGUGGAUGGUGGAAACAACAAGAAACUUGUGUGGAAUGAGACCCAUGUGGUGGAGCCUCAAGGCAAAGGAGCAUCUCUUUCCUUGACCGAGUUAAUUGGUGGUGGAGGAUCGGGUGCUGUGAUACGUGACGGCACGCUUGUGUUUCCCAUGCAGGCCAAAAAAAAGGAUGGAACGAGCGUUUUGCUGUCUAUGAGUUUUAUCCCGUCAAAGAACAAAUGGGAGCUUUCACUCGAGACGCCUGGUAACGGCUGCAGGGAUCCAACCCUGGUGAAGUGGAAAGAAAACGAAGACGAGGAAAGACUCUUCAUGAUGGCUCAUUGUGCUGGAGGCUACUAUGACGUUUACAGGUCCAUUUUGCAUGUAGUCAAUUGGUAUCCAUAUGGUGAGCCAAUUACUCGCGUGUGGGGCAACUCACACAAUCGAACAGGGUACGGCGUCCAGAGUGGAUCCACGACAGCAAUCAUUGAGGAAAAGGAGGUGAUGCUCAUCACCGCGCCGGUGUAUCCGAAGGAGGACAAUGGAAAGGGUCGGCUCCAUCUUUGGGUGACGGACAAUGCACGUGUGCAUGAUGUUGGGCCGGCAUCCCGUGAAAAUGAUGACGCCGCCGCCAGCUCGCUGUUGAUGAAGGAUAAUAAUAAGGAGUUGAUUUCACUGUACGAGAACAAGAAGAGCGAUGGAUCAUACAAUCUUGUUGCUGUGCGUCUGACGGAGCAGCUGGAGCGGGUAAAGGAAGUGGUGAAGACAUGGAAGGAUUUGGACAGCGCCUUGCAAUGCUGCAGUUCCAGUUCAAGUGGCACUGUUGACGUGCGCAAAAAGGGUAUGUGCAAUGGUCCUGUUCCCACUAACAGGCUUGUUGGCUUCUUGUCUGGUAACUCAACUGUGACCGAGUGGCGGGACGAGUACCUCGGCGUGAAUGCAAAAGUGAGGAAUGGGAAGAGAAGUGUUUCCAAUGGAUUGACGUUCCAAGGAUCAUGGGCGGAGUGGCCUGUUGGCGACAUGGGGCAGACUGUGCCGUACUACUUUACAAACAACGAGUUUGCGCUUGUGGCGACGGUGUCCAUCCACGAGGUGCCGAAGGAAGACAGCAGCCCCGUUCCUUUGAUUGGCGUGAGGAUGAAUGACACCAGCAGCACGGUCCUCUUUGGUCUGUCGUACACCCACGAAAAGAAGUGGUUGGCCAUACCGGGGAAAAGUGCUGCCUCGCAGUUCGUCGAUGGGUGGGAGCCAAACAGGACUUAUCAGGUGCUGUUGCAAAUGGAUUAUGAUUAUUGGACGAUCGUUGUGGAUAAAGAGGAAAUCGACCACAAGAGCUAUGAUAAGAAUCUGUUCAACUCGCACAGGAUUUCACACUUCUACAUCGGUGGGGACAGUAAGCACCAAAGUGCAACGGACGGCCACGUGACAGUGACCAACGUCAUGCUGUACAAUGAGAGACUGUUGGAUCAUAAGCUGGAUGAACUCCACGCCAGCAAAGUCAAUAUUCCAUCACUGAGUGUUGAGGAACAACCCAAAGGACAGGUGGCCAGCAAAGACGUCUCGGUUGCUUCCGAGUCAAAGAGUGAAGAAAGCGCCACCAGCCAUGAGGAAUUGAAUGAGAGUGAUACUAAUGAACAGGGAGAAAACAGCGCCGAAGAUCCGGUGCCUGCAGCUUCCUCUUCCACGGUUGUCGGAGGAUCCUCUAUUUCCGAACCCGCCACCGCAACGGAGAUUGCAGGGGCUUCUCUUCCAGAGGACAAUGCCCAGCUUUCCGAAGGCAAAACGGUCCAGCAAGCCACGCCGCAUGAACCGAAGGAUUCGAUGCAACAGGAUUCAGAUGUGCAGCCACAAGACCCACAGCCAGCGGAAUUAACGGGGGUCACUGAGUUGGAAACAUCCUCUGAAGGUAAUGAUACAGAAGAGCCAGAGGAGGAUGGAGGAACGAAUGACAGGAGUGGCGGAUCAACGUCCUCAGUGGGUGCGUCAUUGAGUAUGGCCACUGCCACUGCAUCAGUGUACGGUGAGCACCAAGUGCAACAAAGCAUUGAGCUUUCCGCUGAAAACAACGACGUGCGGUCCACUGGAACCGGAACCACCGGCGCGGAGCAAAGCCUCAGCCUCGAGGUGGGGGACAGAAAUUCCGAGAGAACAAUGAACUCAGACAGCACCCUCACUUCUUCAAAGAGUGACGCCGAACCGACAUCCGCGGAGAACACCGACGACGUCUUUCGGACUGAAGGAGCCGAAGUUUCUUCUGAAGACGGCAAGGAGGUGCCACAGACGGUCGACACCAAAUCGGGUAAUACAAGCACAGCGCCUGAAGAGGAAGGGAUCCCCUCAACAAAAGGCGCGGCACGACACUCGGACAACGACAUCUUCAACACCAGCGAAGUUGCGGAUUUGCUGUCAACGGCUCUUAACCGUGAUAGCACCGUGCAUUUGUGUGUAUUUCGGGUGUUGUUGCUGCUGCUUCUGGGGUUAUGGGGCAUUGCGGCUCUCUGUUGA